CACUUUGACAGUUGCCAAACCCGGUGAAGUCGGCAACUGUCAAAGUGGCGACUGGCGACCUUAUCAAUUGGCUGAUUGUGGAAAUUGGAAUGUUGAUAAAAUUUUGUCCCGAAUAAACAUUGAUUGAUAAUAAUUUGAUAUGUCACUAAUUACGAAUUUACGUCACAAUAAAUCUGCAAUUACGAAAACUGGUUUUUCAUUUAAUUACCAAGUACGGCACUUUUGGGAAUAUGUGAACAUGAUGUUUAAUAAACCUGACCCAAAAAGAAUUGAAUUAUUGGGCCCGGAUCGAGCUUGUGCUGAAUGGGUGCUUAGAAAUGGUGGCCGUGUUGUCUGGGAAGAUGGGAGAAAGUUGGCUGAUUACAAUAGUUUACCACCUGAGGAGGAAACUGUACCUAAACUUUUAGAAAUUGAUGGAUCAGACUCUUCUAUAUCACACUAUGGGUUUCCACACCUAAGUGGAUGUACAAAAUUGAAGAGAAUUAUACUACACAAUGAUAACUACAUAGAUGAUAGAGCCAUGAAAGGUUUGUCAUAUGGAAAAAGCACGCUCACUCAUGUCCAAGUAUCUAAGUGUGGAAGUGUCACUGAUGCUGGGGUCAAAGAGAUAAAGAUACUGGAUAAGCUGGAGACAUUAAUACUUUUUGAUUUAGAAAAUGUAUCAAAUCUUAAUGAAUGUAAACAAUUCCUUCAAACACAACUGCCAAAUUGUAAAAUACAAGAUGAUGCUGAACAAAUUAAAUAUGAAAGAUAAACAAAAGAUAAUAUUUUUAUUGUACAGAAAUAAUUACUUUAGAAUAAUCCUGUAUUGAGAAAUGUUUUAUGUAUCUAAAUAAAUGAGUGUGCAUCAUU